AUGUUCUACACUCAUGUGCUUAUGAGUAAGCGAGGGCCACUGGCCAAAAUAUGGCUUGCAGCUCACUGGGAGAAGAAACUCACAAAGGCCCAUGUAUUUGAAUGUAAUCUAGAGAUAACCAUAGAAAAAAUUAUUUCACCUAAGGUGAAAAUUGCACUUCGAACUUCAGGACACCUUCUUUUGGGAGUUGUUCGAAUCUAUGAUAGGAAGGCAAAAUAUCUUCUGGCAGACUGCAGUGAAGCAUUUCUUAAAAUGAAGAUGACAUUCCGCCCAGGACUGGUUGACCUCCCAAAAGAGAGUUUUGAAGCAGCUUAUAAUGCUAUUACAUUACCAGAAGAAUUUUAUGAUUUUGACACCCGUAAUAUAAAUGUGACUGAUAUUUCGGAGUACAUAGCUCAGAAUCAAAGCAGACCUGAAGAAAUUACACUUAAAGAACAGUAUGAUAAUGAUCUACUUUUCCAAACAGUGAACUUUGAGGAAGAAUGUGAAAUUCCCAGAACACAGAGUUUCUUUGAUGACAACAUCUUACUGAACUCCAGUGAUUAUUUAAUUGAACAUAGUUCUAGAAGUCUGAUUGAAGAAAAGUCUUUGUUCUAUGACAGUAGAGAUGGAUUUGGAGAUGAAGGAUCUGCAGGAGAAAUGAUUGACAAUUUAUUGCAAGAUGAUGAGAAUAUCCUGUUAGAAGACAUGUAUUUAAGUAGAGAAGUUUCCCUGCCUUCUGAGCCUCUCAGCACAAUUGUGGAGCCAGAUAACCCAGAUGAUGUAUUUCUACCUGAAAAUGAAAACCUGGAUGAAACAACAUUAUCCAAUGAUGAGGAAGGAUUUGCUCUUGAGCCAGUUGAUAUUGCAGACAUUGUUGAGAAAAGGAAAAGCAAAAAGAGGAAAUUGCUUAUAGAUCCAGUCAAAGAGAUCAGUAGCAAAACUAUGCAUAAACAGCUUACUUACUUUUCGGAUACACUCAUGGUUUUAGAACUUGCACCUCCUACCCAAAGGUUAAUGAUGUGGAAGAAGAGGGGAGGAGUGGAUACACUUCUGUCAACGGCUGCCCAGGAUUUGAUUCAUGGUGAACUGAAAGUGUUGUUUACAAAAUGCUUUCUGUCUUCUGGCUUUAAACCUGGAGGAAAAUUGAUACAGAAAGAAUCAGUAAGGGAAGAACUGGGAAGACAAAAUGUUGUAGAGAUCUCCAUGAUGGAAGAGCCAAAUUCCCAGCAAGUAUUAAGUAAACCCCAGACUUGGAAUGAUGUGAUUGAUGAAUUUAACAGUGGCUUUAAUGAAGAUAUCAAUACAAAUAGUAACUCUGAGCAGGAUAUUAUUGAAACAAUUCUUCCAGCUGCUGAAGAAUCACCAAAAGAUGCUUUCUUGGCCCAAGAAUAUUGUCCAGUUGAAUUGGAGUCAUCAAGGAGUGAACAAAAUGGUGAAGCUGAGAGAUGGAAUCAAAGAUUAUUUCAGGUGUUAAGUACUUUGCAGGAAUCUAACAAGAUGGGAACGCAGUCCUUUAGUCUGAAGAAACUCUGCAGAAAUAGUGACCGAAAACAAGCAGCUGCCAAAUUUUAUAGCUUUCUUAUCCUAAAAAAACGGCAAGUGAUUGAGCUGAGUCAGAGUGUUCCCUAUGCAGACAUUAUAGCUACAGUGGGACCAAUGUUCCAUAAAAUGUGA